AUGGGCUCCCAGGCCUCCGGCCGCGUGGACGCGACGCCGGGGACGCGGAGGCAGAGCGGACCGGGCGGGGAGGAGGCCUCUGGUUACCCAAGUGGCUCCCGGGGGCCACUCUCGGGAUCCACUGCUUUGGCCCAAAAGUGCCGGGCGCAGGGCGCAGGUGUGCGGCCGCUUACCUGGGGCGCGCAGGCCCGGGAGCUGCAGGAGGCGGCGGGCGCGGCGCGUGGCCCGCGGGCUAGAGGACCCCGGGAGGGCGCGAGUGACUGCGCGGGCGGCUUCGGCCUCCGCUCCGGGCCCGUCCGGGGCCUCGGGGGCAGCGGCGCAGGGCACACGUCUUCGCUCAAGGGGCCCUGGCGUCCAGCGCCCGCUGAGAGCCCGCGCCGCGCGGGAGGGGCCAGCGGGGCCGCGGGUGUGAGCGCGAGGAGCCCGGGAGCGCGGCUGUGCGCGCGCGCGGGGAGGGGCCGCGCCGUCACCCGGAGAGCCCGGCGGAUUCCGGACUCCCGCCCGCCGCUCCGCCCGCCGCGCACCUCCUCUCACCGCUCGCCCGGCUCCAGCCGCCGCCGCACGGACUCCAUCGCCUCACUCCCAGUGCUCUCCGCCUCCCGCCUCGUCGCCCUCUCCAAGCUCACCCCUCAAGCCCCAGGAGCCGGAGAGGGCUCCUCAAAGCAGCCCUGGCGGCUGCUCCUGACCGCUGCAGCCGGGCUUGAAGUAUACUCAGGAGACGCCCCCAAAAGAGGAAGCCCGGAGCCGGAGAGACUGCAUGUGGCCAGAGCAGGAAAGGCAUAUCUGAAGAAGGAGGAAAACUUAGGGAGUGGGCUGUUGGAAGCAAAGGAGAAGUGGCUCCUGAGAAACUUCAUCGAGAGCCCCUCUGUCCCACGCGCUGACCCGGAUGGAAACCAGCUUUGGAGCGGCGGCAUGGAGGCUCUCACCACUCAGCUGGGGCCGGGGCGCGAGGGCAACUCCUCACCCAACUCUAAGCAGGAGCUGCAACCCUACUCGGGCUCCAGCGCUCUCAAACCCAACCAGGUGGGCGAGACGUCGCUGUAUGGGGUGCCUAUCGUGUCUCUGGUCAUCGACGGCCAGGAGCGCCUUUGCCUGGCGCAGAUCUCCAACACUCUCCUCAAGAACUACAGCUACAAUGAGAUCCACAACCGCCGCGUGGCCCUGGGCAUCACGUGCGUGCAGUGCACGCCAGUACAGCUGGAGAUUCUGCGUCGGGCCGGGGCCAUGCCGAUCUCGUCUCGCCGUUGUGGUAUGAUCACCAAGCGCGAGGCCGAACGCCUAUGCAAGUCGUUCCUGGGCGAGCAUAAGCCGCCCAAGCUGCCGGAGAACUUCGCCUUCGAUGUGGUGCACGAGUGCGCGUGGGGCUCCCGUGGCAGCUUCAUCCCCGCGCGUUACAACAGCUCGCGUGCCAAGUGCAUCAAGUGCGGCUACUGCAGCAUGUACUUCUCGCCUAACAAGUUCAUCUUCCACUCGCACCGCACACCGGACGCCAAGUACACACAGCCCGACGCCGCCAACUUCAACUCGUGGCGCCGUCAUCUCAAACUCAGUGACAAGUCGGCCACAGAUGAACUGAGCCACGCUUGGGAGGACCGGGGACUUGGUCUAGCCGCAGGAGCCGGCGGCCCGGCGGGCCCUGGAGGGCCUGGUGGCGGCGCCGGCGUACGCAGCUACCCAGUGAUCCCAGUGCCCAGCAAGGGCUUUGGCCUCUUGCAGAAACUGCCCCCGCCGCUUUUCCCUCACCCCUACGGCUUCCCCACGGCCUUCGGCCUCUGCCCCAAAAAGGACGACCCGGUGCUAGGCGCGGGCGAGCCCAAGGGAGGCUCCUAUGUGUCGGCCUUCCGACCUGUGGUCAAGGACGCCGAGAGCAUCGCCAAGCUCUACGGUAGCGCCCGCGACGCGUACGGCGCGGGGCCUGCUCGUGGGCCAGGGCCGGGAGCGGGGUCCGGCGGCGGUUACGUGAGUCCAGACUUUCUGAGCGAGGGCAGCUCCAGCUACCACUCUGCCUCACCCGACGUGGACACUGCUGAUGAGCCCGAGGUGGACGUGGAGUCCAACCGCUUCCCCGACGAUGAGGGCGCUCCAGAUGAGACCGAGUCAGGCAUACCCAGUGCGCCCAGCACGGGAGGCGGCCCGGACGCCGACCAGCCCGCAGGGCCCCCCCGGUCAACAUUUGGGGACCUGGCGGCCGACGACGUGGUGCGGAGACCGGAGAGGAGCCCGCCGAGCAGCGGCUAUGAGCUGCGAGAGCCUUGCGGGCCGCUGGGGGGCCCAGCGCCGGCCAAGGUGUACGCGCCAGAGCGGGACGAGCAUGUGAAGAGCGCGGCGGCGCUGGGGCCCGCGGCCUCCUACCUCUGCACCCCCGAGGCCCACGAACCAGAUAAGGAAGACAAUCACUCGACCGCCGACGAUUUGGAAACGAGGAAAUCCUAUCCAGACCAAAGGAGUAUCUCCCAACCAAGUCCCGCAAAUACAGACCGAGGUGAAGAUGGGCUCACCCUGGAUGUCACAGGAACUCAGCUAGUGGAGAAAGAUAUCGAGAACCUGGCCAGAGACGAAUUGCAAAAACUGCUCCUGGAGCAAAUGGAGCUCCGCAAGAAAUUGGAGCGAGAAUUUCAGAGUCUCAAAGAUAAUUUUCAGGAUCAAAUGAAGAGGGAAUUGGCUUAUCGAGAAGAAAUGGUGCAACAGCUGCAAAUUGUCAGAGACACUCUGUGUAACGAACUCGACCAAGAGCGGAAGGCGCGCUAUGCCAUCCAGCAGAAAUUAAAAGAAGCCCACGACGCCCUGCACCACUUCUCCUGCAAGAUGCUGACGCCCCGCCAUUGCACCGGCAACUGCUCCUUCAAGCCCCCGCUGUUGCCCUAG